CUGAUUACAUAGUAAUUGUUCAUUUUGGCCAGCAGUGGUGAUUUUCAAUUGAUCGUUUUCCUUAACACAUCAGAAAAUUUAGGAUGCCUGGAACACAGCUAAUAAUGCCUAUCCCUUGGAGCGAUAAAAACAGCGGUCUUGUAGAGAAACAAUUAGUCUACAAGGAUCAAGAAGAGUUUGCUAAUCAACUUAUGAAAAUUGCGGGGAAUGAACUUAGAGAGGAUGAAAACACACGGAAACAAUGCUUGGAACAACUCAGGGAAUGGAUCAAGAAAAAUCAGGACAUUGAGAAUUGCCUCACUGAUGACAGAUUUCUUCUCCGUUUCUUACGAGUGAAGAAAUUCAGUAUACUCAUGGCUGAACAAACCCUUUUGAAAUACUUAAACUUCAGAAAAAGAUUUAAAGAAUUUAUGUACGGUCUGGAUCAUCUUAAAAGCCCUCUCAUUAACAAUGGAUAUAUUUUUGCAAGCCCUUUUAGAGAUGCUAAUGGAAGGAGAGUUAUUAUUUAUAAUAUAAGCAAAGUCGAUCCUCAUCAAUUUACCGGAACGGAUGUUGGCUUAGCUCACGCUAUCACUUACGAAACUCUUUUGGCCGACGAAGAGAACCAAAUCGCUGGUGUUAACCAUGUUUGUGAUGCUAAUGGCCUAAGUGCUGCUUUUCUGACUCUGUGGUCCAUCACAGAAUUCGCAACAAUAAUUCGUUGGGGGGAGCAAUCCCUACCAAUGAGACACAAAGAAAUCAAUCUUUUAAACUUUCCAUCAGCUCUAAAGUAUGUCUAUGAUUUUGUUCAUUCUACAAUUAAGAGUGAAAAAUUAAAAAACAGGAUUAUGAUUCACAGCUCUUUGAAUGAAUUGCAUAAUAAAGUAGACAAAAAGUGUCUCCCUCUGGAAUUAGGAGGUGUUAUGCCUGCAAAAGAAAUGGCAGAACUGUGGAAAAAAGAAUUAGCUGCGAAAAGAGAACUUCUGCUAUCUUAUGACGCCAUGAAUUUGUUAAGUGACAAAGGUAUAAUAUGCAGACGAAAUUUACCUAACGAGGAUAAUACCGGAGUUGGAAGUCUUCCUGGAAGUUUUCGAAAGCUUGAAGUUGAUUAAGUUUGUUUAAAUUAAAAUUUAUUUUUUAUUGUUUGUUUUAGAGUAACAAUAGUUUGUUAAUUUUAACUUCAUUGUUUGUUAAGUUAAAACACACCACUCUAAUCAUCACAAAACUGUAGAAUGUAGUUAGAUCCGUAAGCAUCAAGAGACAAGAAACAAUUUUGUUUACUUUCUAGUACAUAGCUUUAUAAUUUUAUUGUUAUAUGUUUGCUUUAAUAAUUAGUUUUUAGUUUAAUUAGUUUUUUAUAUAACACAAAUCUGUUUGUGCAGCGUCAUAGCGUCUCAUAGUCACGACAUAAUGCUUAAUCUUAAUUUAAUAAACGCACAAUUUUAAUUAUUAA